AUGUCUUUGAUUCGAAAUUCAGCCAAAAGGUGCAUCAACCACUCUACCCUAUCUACCACUAGAUAUCUUACAAUUUCUGGAUGUGAUUCAGUAGGGACCUGGUCAAGAUACUACUCUUCAUCUGGCAAUUCCAAAACCAAAGAGUAUGGUAAUUGGACUGUCAAAAGACUAAAAGAUGAAUGUCAGCUUAGAAACAUAAAUUUUGAAGGAAAGAAAAAAGACCAUUUGGUAAAAUUGUUACGAAACAGUGACAAACACGUUUUUGCCAACGACAAUCAAUCCAAAGAAGUGAGCGAAUCUGAAAAUUCAUCAAAAAAACCUAAGAAAUCUAAAAAGAAGCUGGCAAAAUCUAGCAAAAGGAGUGACUCUUUGAAUUUUACUGCUCCUGUUGAACCUGUUAUUAAAAGAGUUGAUGACCUUCCUGAUGAAGCUCCCUUAAGUGAUUCAUUUGUGCAAACUGAAGAAAGCCCUAAAAUUGAUGCUCAACUUGAUUCUAUUUUAAAAGAAUCUCAAAAGCAGAGUGAAGUUGCAACUGAAGAUACUGGGCUUAAAAAAGACGAAAUAUCUAUCAAUGGUGAUUCAGAUGUUUUGAUUAACUCUGACGUUUUAGUAAGCAAAUCUGAAUCAUUAGAGAAUGUUACAGAUUUGAAAACAGAAGAUAACACAUAUGCCAUUCAAACAAAUCUAAAUGAAUCAAUUUCAAAGGAUACAGAGGAUUUUAUUUCAAACGAUAAAGCAUUUAAAGCUGAUUCCGAUAAUAAUUUACAAGAUUUUAAAUUCGAUGAACCUAUUGUUGAAAUCAAACCAAUAGAAGAACCUAUUGUCAAAACAGUUGAUGAAACACCCGUUCAAAUUUUAGGAAAUGAUAUUAUAGUAGAUAACAAUAUAUCUCUUGAAACUGAGAAAAAAAUAGACGGGGAGGAUUUAGUGGGAUUUAAAGAAUCAGAAGUAUCAACAUAUUCUUUAUUCCACAGUAAAAUUCAAAGACCAGAUUCAUUGGAGGUUAGUAUUGAUGGAAACCCUCUCCCUGAAAAUAAUUUCAUUGAAAGUGAAAAGGAGAUAGACAAAGAAAUAAAAGAAAAACAAGCAAGUAUAAAAGCUGAACAAUCAUCAGAGGAGCCUGUGAAAAAAUUUGAAGGCAGUCAUAUCGAAGAAUCUCAAAAAGACAAUAACAGUUCAUCCCUUAAAAAGAGUUCCAUUGAGAACCUUUCUGAGUUUAAUGAAUUUAAAUUGGAAAACAAUGAUAGUACCUUGGAAUAUGAAUUAACUAAUAAAAAUGAAGUAGAUGAGUCUACUGAAAAAGAUGAGCAAGUAAAACAGGUUGAAGAACUGCAAAAGAUUGAAGAAUUAAUAUCUGAAGAAUCAUCAAAAGUUGAAAAACCUAUAGUUGAAAAACCUAUAGUUGAAAAACCUAUAGUUAAAGAAGAACUUAUAGUUGAGGAAUCAUCAAAAGUUGAGGAACAACCUAUAGUUGAUAAAUCAUCAAAAGUUGAAGAACCUAUAGUUAAAGAAGAACCUAUAGUUGAUGAGUCAUCAAAAGUUGAGGAGUCUGUAGUUGGACAAUCUAUAGCUGAGAAAUCAUCAAAAACCGAAGAAUCGGUUAUUGAAGAACAACCGAUAGUUAAAGAAGAAGAUAUAAUCAGAGAAGAGCCAAAAUCCGAGGAAACCCCCAAAGUUGAAGAAAAAUCGAAUAAUAAAGAAAACGAAACAUCUGCAGAGGCCAAACUAAGCACUAGAGAUAAAACUCUUCUUGGUGGGUUUUUGGCAGCAGUGAUUAGUUGGUUUGCAUUGGAUUCUUUUGAAACUAAACAAUUGUAG